AUAAAAGAUGAGUCUAACGGAUGAAUUGAGACUGAGAAGGGGAGUCAGAGUUGAAAUUAUCUUUCUCUGCUUCUCCUUUACUUCCUCACACGCACACUCCUUUGUCUUGGACUAAAUUCUGCCCCUGAAAGCUACAAACCAUAAGAUAAUUAUUCCAUUAAGAGAUGAAGAAGAAAAAGAAGAAAAACAUGCAAAGAAGUUUUUGCCAUGGUUUGAAUUGAUGGAAUUGGGAAAAAAAGCAAGUACAUAAGUUAAAUUGUCUACUGAAAUGAUGAAGAACACCCUAAUUCUACUGGAAUCUGUGCUGAAAUCCGAAAUUUGGAAGCAUGUGUAGAGAAAAUUAACGUAUGAAAAUUUGCAGAUGUUUGAGUAGGGCUAGCCGUCCCUUCUCCUUACCAAAAUUUCCUUUUUGUUCUCCUUUGGCAAGCAGUAACCUCCCACUUUCUGCAGUUACAAUCAUGGGUGGUUUCUUGAAGGUGUUGUUAAGUGUGUUGAAUCGAAUGAUGUACCAAUCAUUUUUCUUAUCUACUGUUUCUCUCGAACCUGUUGCCACAAUAGAUCCUGUUGAAGAUAUAUCUACUGGAAGUGGCGAAAGCAAUUCUGGCUCCUCUCAUACAAAAUCUGGUGAUGGUUCUUCACCAGCCACAAAGGUUAGGGGUUCUAGAUUCUCUUCACGCAUAGCGAACAAAAGCUUUAAAAUAGUUAAACCGAAUGAACUUAUCGAUCUAAGCCCAGACAAAGAGAAUACCCUUACACUUGUAGCCUCUCCUGUUAGGCAGGUUGAUGUUGAUGACAUUGAGAGUGUUGCUGCUGAUGUGUCCAUGAUUGAUGAUGAUUUGGAGAAUGAGCUUCUUGCCCAGCUGGACAUGUUGAUGGACCCUCCUGUUAAAUCAGGAUCUGUCGUAGAUAGCAAAGGGAAGGCUAUUGCUGAAAAAGCGAAUCCAGAUAUCGAUCUCCCUACCCAGGAGCAGAUUAGUUUUACUAUUAUGACCCUGCAAGAGCUCAUUGAUGGUGAUCCUUCUCAUUUCUGCAAAGUGCUAGACCAACCAGCCGCCUUUGAAGCGGCUCAGAUCCUUAGUCGAGCUCCACAAUUAUUUUCUACUCAACAAAAGUUCUAGGCAGAUUUCACUACCAUUUAUACACAUUUCAGCAAGAGAUUCUAGGUACUUGAGAACAAAGUAGCGGUUGUAGAAUCUGUGAGAAAAUCUAUAGUGGAUAACACUGCUGUUGUCUUUAAGAAGAAGGAAGAAUUCUUGGCAGUGAAGGUUGCUCAUGUCACACAAGUUAAACAUCUCCAAGAGCUUAAAGAAGAAAUUUCUAACCUUGAAGCCAAUCUUUCAGAGUUAAGAAACCAAGCUCCUCCAAUAGUUAAGAAAUUUCAGAGUUAAGAAAUUCCUUGGUAGGGAAUGGAUCUGCAUCAACUCCCAUAGUUUCUUUGGCCUUAUCUGGAAAACGUAUAAUUCCCUUGUCGAUUUUAUCUUGUAAAACAUUCCGAAAAAUCACA